UUAUCUUUUCUUGUCAUAUCUUAUUUUGCGCAACAACAAUCGCCUCUGCUUCAUGACCCGUGUGGGCGACCUCCGCAAGUCCAUGAUCAUUGGCGCUGCCGUCCGCCUCCAGGUGGUACGCAAGACCACCACCCCCGAAGGCGAGGUCAUCCCUAUCCACCAGAUCGACGUGCAAACGGAGAGCGCCGCGGCGAGUAACUCCAUCUUCCUCUUGGCGCCACUCAUUAUCUGCCAUACCAUCAAUAAGGACAGUCCGCUGUACGACCUGUCGGCCAUGGAGCUGCAGUGCAGCGACCUGGAGGUGAUUGUGAUCUUGGAGGGCGUGGUGGAGACAACGGGCAUCACCACCCAGGCCCGGACCUCCUACGUCACCGAGGAGAUCCAGUGGGGUCACCGCUUCGUGCCCAUCGUGACCGAGGAGGACGGGGUGUACUCGGUGGACUACUCCAAGUUUGGGAACACGGUCAAGGUGGCGACACCGAGGUGUUCGGCCCGCGAGCUGGACGAGAAGCCCUCCAUACUCAUCCAGACGCUGCAGAAGAGCGAGCUGAGCCACCAGAACUCACUGAGGAAGAGGAACUCAAUGAGGCGGAACAACUCCAUGAGGAACGGCGGCGGGAGCUCCGGCACCAUGCGGAGGAACAACUCGGCCCUCACCGUGCCCAAAGUGCAAUUCCUCACCCCUGAGGCGGUGGGCCAGAACAUGGCCGUCACAUGACACGAGGCCUGGCUCCCAUUGGCUGUCCUGCUCUUCCUGGGUGGGACCUCCCAUGUUUAUCCUCUGGCUCAGUUAGAGCUGACUCUGGUCCUGUUCCCCACACUCUGCCACAUAUACAGUAGUCAAUGCUAUACCUGACACACACAAUGCCCUGUUAUUACUAUUGUUGUGAGGAUGGAUUUAACCAGUUUUAGUUACAUAUUAGUGUCUCAUUUUCAGUCUGGUUCUUUCCAAGUGCCUUUGCCUUUGUCUGGUUCUAAGCUGUAAUAGGCCUCCACAAGUUGUACUUUAUGAUGUAAAUGCCUUUAAACAUGUAAUAACUCUUUAUAUUGCUUUGUACUGAAUUCUGUACUCAUCACUGAAUCCAUGUGAUGAUUUAAUUUGCUCUUUAAUGUUACCGUGACCAAAGAACAUAUUAUUACAGAUGAUAAUGGCCAACUAUUUUCUAAUAGUAGAAGAAAAUUAUGUUUUGAUAUCAGCUGCAACGUAUUACACACCAACCGGGUUCCUCAUUCUUAUCAGAACCUUUAAUAAAGCAUUUACUACAGUA